AUGGUCAUAUUUAAUACAAAUUAUGCUCUAGCAGAAGUAUUGAUUCAUGCUCCAUCUGUUGUCCGUCUUUCAUGUUCAAUUGCUCAUGAUAAAAUGUCUGGUUUAGCUAAAUUCGAUGUCGAUCGAAAACUAUGGCAGUGCUUAUUUCGACCUCGAUCCAGUGGCUAUCACACACUGAAUAUUUAUACUCGUCAAGGAAAAUCGACUGCAUCUUAUGAAGGAGCAACUGAAUGUCAAAUAUUUGAACCGUUGCUUGAAAAAUUUAAACAAAGUGCUAGAGUGACCAUUCUUUGUCAUCUACCGAGUGCUCGUUAUGUUUGUUUGCCAUUUGAUGGUACUUUAUCUUCGAAAGAAUAUAGUUUUGUCAAUAAUAUUUUCAAACUAGAAAUUACUGUACCUAAUCGAGAAAUUAUAAUUUAUGGCAAAUUCGUUAAAAGCAAAAAAAAUCUAGUUGCUAUGAAGGAUUAUUUAAAUAUACAAUAG